AUGGCGACCUUUUCGCGCCCAGUCGCCUCGAGCAUUGCCGGGGUUGGAUUUGACGUCUACUCCGAUGAAGAAAUUAAAAAGCUAUCAGUGAAAAGAAUUCACAAUACUCCAACUUUGGAUUCUUUUAACAAUCCAGUUCCUGGUGGUCUCUAUGACCCUGCUAUGGGCGCAUGGGGUGAUCAUAUCUCGUGUCUAAUUUGGGAGGAAAAAUUCGCCUCGAUCAGCUGUACUACAUGUCGUCAAAAUUCUUGGUCUUGUACCGGCCAUGCCGGCCACAUUGAACUUCCGGUUGCCCUCUACAACGUUACCUUCUUUGACCACAUCUACCGCCUUCUCCGGGCCCAAUGUGUGUACUGCCAUCGCCUGCAAAUGUCUCGUUCGCAUGUGAACCUAUACACCUGCAAGCUGCGCCUUCUCCAGUAUGGACUUGUUGAUGAAGUUGCUGUUGUUGACUCAAUGGGAUCCCCCAAGGGAGCGCCAACAAAGGGUGGAAAGGGCAAUGCCGAUGAUUCUGCCGACGAGGAAGAAGAUGAAGAAAGCAUCAUGGACAAGCGUACCGAAUACGUUGAACGUUCCAUCCGAAAGGCCCAGAAGGACGGACGACUGGAUGGUUUAUUAAUGUCUGGCCACAAGAAUCCAAUUGCAGCAGAGCAGAGGCGCGAGCUGGUAAAGACUUUCCUGAAGGAGAUCAACAGCUACCGGAAGUGCUCUAACUGCAGCGGUAUUUCUCCCGCAUUCCGAAAGGAUCGUUACAACAAGAUUUUCAAGAAAGCCCUCCCCGAGAAGUCUAAAUUGGCCAUGUUACACGGUGGAUUCCAGGCGCCCAAUGCUCUGGUUCUGCUUGAUUCUGAAAAGAAGGCAACCGCCGAACUCAAUGGUACACGCUCCGAGAGCGUAGUCUCAGAGACACAUGGUGCCGAAGAAGAAAUCCGUCGUAGUACUGCUGUUGCAGCCCAAACCGGGGUUGGACAGGAGUUCAUGAGCUCCGUCGAGGUUUACAGCUGCAUAAAGCUGCUCUUCGCCAAGGACGGCGAAGUCUUGCAACUGGUCUAUAAUGGUCAACCCGUUCCAAAGGGAGCGGUUGUUGUCAAUGCUGACAUGUUCUUCAUCAAGAGCCUCAUGGUCCCCCCUAACAAGUACCGACCAGCCGCCCAACAAGGCCCAGGUGAGAUCAUGGAGGCGCAGCAGAACACUUCCUUCAACGCUAUUCUUAAGCAGUGCGACCAGAUCAAUCAGAUCAGCAAGGAGAUCCAGAACGAGAAUGACGAAGAGCGGACUGUGAUCCGCAAACGAACUUAUGGCGAUUUACUCUCGUCAAUUAUCGUCCUGCAAGACCAUGUCAACGGACUGAUUGAUAAAGAGCGAACUUCUGUCACCGGAUCGGCCAUUGCGUCAUUGCCCAACGGUAUUAAGCAGCUUCUUGAAAAGAAGGAAGGAUUGUUCCGAAAGAACAUGAUGGGAAAGCGUGUCAACUUUGCUGCCCGUAGUGUCAUUUCGCCCGAUCCUAACCUUGAGACCAAUGAAAUUGGUGUGCCUCUUGUCUUCGCCAGGAAGCUGACCUUCCCGGAGCCCGUGACACAGCACAAUUUUUGGGAGUUGAAGGAGGCCGUUAUCAACGGUCCUGACAAGUAUCCCGGUGCUUCCGCGAUUGAAAAUGAGAAUGGACAGGUUGUCAACCUCAAGUUCAAGAGUCUAGAUGAACGCACAGCGCUUGCAAACCAACUGCUGGCACCGUCAAACUGGCGUCAAAAGGGAUCGAAAAACAAGAAGGUCUAUCGUCACCUCACCACCGGUGACUAUGUUCUGAUGAACCGUCAGCCUACACUUCACAAGCCCUCUAUCAUGGGUCACAAGGCUCGUGUGCUGCCUAAUGAGCGAACUAUUCGCAUGCACUACGCCAACUGUAACACUUACAACGCCGAUUUCGAUGCCCGGAUGCUUGCUGAUGCUGAUCAUCAGUAUUUGGUUGCUACGUCCGGUAAACCUCUUCGAGGUCUGAUUCAAGAUCACAUCUCCAUGGGAACAUGGUUUACUUGCCGUGAUAGCUUCUUUGAUGAGGAGGAUUAUCACCAACUCCUCUACAAUUGUUUGAGACCCGAAAACUCACACAUUGUCAGCGAUCGCAUUCAACUAGUGGCACCUGCGUUUGUUAAGCCCAAGUAUCUAUGGACUGGAAAGCAGGUGAUUACAACAAUUCUCAAGAACAUCCAGCCCCCAGAGCGCGCUGGUCUUACUCUGAAGAGUAAGUCAUCUACUCCUGCCAGCCGCUGGGGCGAGGGUAGCGAGGAGGGUGAUGUCAUCUUCAAAGACGGAGAGUUCCUGUGUGGUAUUCUCGAUAAGAAGCAGCUUGGUCCGACUGCUGGUGGUCUGAUCGAUGCCAUUCAUGAAGUUUAUGGCCACACCAUUGCUGGAAAGCUGAUGAGUAUUCUCGGUCGCCUUCUCACUCGAUUCUUGAACAUGCGGGCGUUUACUUGCGGUAUUGACGAUCUUCGAUUGACCAAGGAAGGUGAUCGCAUGCGUAAGGAGAAGUUGGCCACCGCAGCUCAAAUGGGUCGCGAGGUGGCUUUGAAAUACGUGACACUGGAGAAGACUUCCCUGUCGGACCAAGAGGACGAAUUGAAUCGCCGACUUGAAGAUGUUCUUCGUGAUGAUGCAAAGCAAGGUGGCCUUGAUAGCGUUUUCAACGCCCGCUCUGCCCAGCUUUCCUCUGAAAUCACCAAGGCCUGUCUCCCCGCUGGUCUUGCCAAGCCUUUCCCAUGGAAUCAAAUGCAGUCUAUGACAAUUUCUGGUGCCAAGGGUUCCGGUGUCAAUGCCAACCUGAUUUCCUGCAACCUGGGACAACAAGUUCUGGAAGGUCGUCGUGUACCAGUCAUGAUCAGUGGUAAAACAUUGCCAUCUUUCCGUGCCUUUGAAACUCAUCCCAUCGCUGGUGGUUACGUUUCUGGUCGUUUCUUGACCGGUAUCAAGCCUCAAGAGUACUACUUCCACGCCAUGGCCGGUCGUGAGGGUUUGAUCGAUACCGCUGUCAAGACAUCUCGAUCUGGUUAUCUGCAGCGUUGUUUGAUUAAGGGUAUGGAGGGAUUGAGAGCUGAGUACGACUCGUCUGUUCGUGAAGCGUCAGAUGGAUCCAUGAUUCAGUUCUUGUAUGGUGAGGAUGGUCUGGACAUCACCAAGCAGGUUCAUCUCAACGAUUUCGGAUUCCUUGCUGAAAACCACGAGUCUAUUUUGGAGCAAGUUCAAUCUUCAUCCUACAAUGCCCUGGCCAAGGACGAGGUCUCCAACUGGCACAAGGAUGCCAUGAGGAAGGUGCGCAAAACCGGAAAGAUUGACGCUAUGGAUCCUGUUCUGUCUAAGUAUCACCCUGGAGGUAACCUGGGCAGUACGUCUGAGGCAUUUGCCCAGGCGCUGAAGAAGUAUACCGAUGACAACCCCGACAACCUCUUCAAGGAAAAGAAGAAGGAUCUCGAGGGAGUUCAGAAGCUGGUGGAUGGCUUCAAGAAGAAGUUCCCGAAGAAGACAUUCGACGCUAUCAUGAACAUGAAGUACAUGAAGUCUAUCAUCGACCCCGGUGAGGCAGUCGGUAUUAUGGCUGGUCAGUCUGUUGGUGAGCCUUCAACACAGAUGACAUUGAACACCUUCCAUUUGGCUGGUCACUCCGCAAAGAACGUCACACUGGGUAUUCCCCGACUUCGUGAAAUUGUCAUGACUGCCAGUGCUUCGAUCAUGACACCUACUAUGACUCUCCUCCUGAAUGAGGAGAUUCCAAAGGAGGAUGGAGAGAAGUUUGCCAAGGCUAUUAGCAAGCUCACCAUUGCUGAGGUCGUGGAUAAGGUUCAAGUGAAGGAGCGAAUUGGUGCGGGUAUCGGCCACGCCAGGGCGAAGAUCUAUGACAUCGACAUCAGCUUCUUCCCUGCUGAGGAUUACACCAAGGAGUAUGCUAUCAUGGUUAAGGAUGUUCAGAACGCCUUGCAGAACAAGUUCAUUCCCCGUCUCUCAAAGCUUACAAGGGCUGAGCUCAAGAAGCGAAAUGAGGAUAAGUCUGGAACGAAGGCAUCUGCCGCUGCUCCCGAGAUUGGUGUCUCUGUUGGCAGGGUUUACGAAGGACCCAGUGGUCCUGACCGCGAGGACGAACCUGCUGACGACGAUAAUGAAGAUGAUGAGGAUGAUGCCAAGCGAUCCCGUGGAAACCAGAACCGCAGUAACCAGGUUUCUUAUGAAGGACCCGAUGACGAUGAGCAGGAUAUCAUCAGGCGGCAGGAUGAGCAGUCAGAUGAUGAUGAUGAUGAUGAAGAUGCCAAGACCAAGAAACCAAAGUCCGCGACUGACGUCGAAAUGCGCGACGCCGACGACUCAGAAGAGGACUCAGACGACGAGGAGGACAGCAACAACCGUGAGGAUGAUGUCAAGAGCAAGUUCGAGGAAAUCACCAAGUUCAAGUUCGACCCCAAGAAGGGAACAUCAUGUUCUAUUCAGUUGCAGUACGACAUUGAGACCCCCAAGCUUCUGCUCCUCCCACUGGUUGAGGCUGCCGCGAAUCACGCAGUGAUUCAGUCCAUCCCUAGCCUCGGAAACUGUGUCUUUAUUGAGGCUGAUGCUUCCAAGGAUGAGCCUGCCACCGUCCUCACCGAUGGUGUCAACUUGCUCGCUAUGCGUGAUUACCAGGAUAUCAUCAAGCCACACUCCAUCUACUGUAACUCUAUCCACGAUAUGCUCCACUACUACGGUGUUGAGGCUGCCCGUGCCACCAUCGUUCGUGAAAUGGACGCAGUUUUCAAGGGUCACAGUAUCUCCGUCGACAACCGUCACUUGAACCUGAUCGGUGAUGUGAUGACUCAGUCUGGUGGAUUCAAGGCCUUCAGCCGUAACGGCCUGGUCAAGGAUUCCACCUCUGCGUUUGCUCGUAUGUCUUUCGAGACUACAGUCGGUGCUCUCAAGGAGGCUGUUCUUGAGAGAGAUGUUGAGAACCUGAAGGGCCCCAGUGCCAGAAUUGUCGUUGGUCGUUCUGGUACCGUUGGAACCGGUGCCUUUGACAUCCUUGCCCCUGUUGCAUAG